AUGAGCUUACGAUCUUUAACUCGCUUUGUUUCUUUAAGCCGUCCUUUGGUUAAUUAUUCAUUUUCACCAACGAAAUCAUACUCAAAAACAUUUAAUAAUAAUAAUGGAAUAUCAAGAUUAGUGAUCAAUCCUUUGUUAUGUAGAAAUUUAUCUAGUGAGUUGAAAAAAUCAUUAGAUGAGAAAGUUUUAAAAAAUGAUAUCGUGUUAUUCAUGAAAGGUACACCCAACGAACCGCAAUGUGGAUUUAGUAGAGCUGUAGUUCAAAUCUUUGAUGCUCAAGCUUUUGAUGUUUUAGAAAAUGAAGAAUUAAGAAAAGGAAUCAAAGAAUAUUCGAAUUGGCCAACAGUUCCACAAGUUUACAUUAAAGGAGAGUUCGUUGGUGGAUGUGAUAUUAUGCUUAAUAUGCAUCAAUCAGGUGAAUUGGAAGAUUUGUUGGUAAAAGAAGGGUUGAUAAGUCUUUCUGGAGAAGAAGGUUCAGCCGAAGGUAGUAAUGAACAAAAACAACAACAAACGUAA